AUGUGGAAAUAUGUAUCUCGUUGUAUCAGAGACACUUGUGAGCGUGCUAAUAUAAGAAGUUCAGCUGUUAUUUCUUCUACUAAUAAUGUGACAGUCGAUAGAAAGAAUACUUCUAGCAACACUCCUUGCCGUUGGUUUAUCUUAAGAAAAUGUUGUAAUUACCAGUCCGAUUAUGAUACCAAGAGCAAGAGGUGGAACUUCGAUGAAUUAAAUCGCACUUGGAUAGGUGCCAUUACAUGGAGUAGUGCACUAGUAUUUGGAUGGUACACUAGUCAAUUGCUCCACUUGAAGUUUAAAAACAAAAAUGACGACAGAGUUCAGCCACAACCAGUUCAAAGCAAGAGCUGGUUUUUGGAUCACUUUGGAUGUUUGAUAAACAGCAACAAAAAAUAUAUAAAGCCCAUAGAAAUAAAUAGUUCGCUUGAUAAUUCUGUUGAAAAAUCACCAAUUGUCCAUUUGAUAACAAAUGAUCAUGCCGGGGGAAAUAAACAAAGGUUGAAUAGUUGUAGUACUGAUAGUGGAACUGCUGACGAUGAUUUGGGUGAAGUUCUCAAUUCAAUAGAGAACAGACUUGGUCUAGCAGCCAUUGAAAAUGGACAACAUCAAGAUGGUCUUAACUUGCUGAGGUCUGCAGCAAAUCGCAACCACGCCCCGGCUUUAUACAAUUUAGGUCUCUGUUACGAAACUGGUGUUGGAGUUGAUAUUGAUGAGAGAACAGCCAUGGAGAUGUAUAGAUUAGCCGCAACAUUACAUCAUCCAGAUGCUCUUUAUAACCUUGGUAUUUACUAUGGACAAGGCAGAGGUGGAUUGGUAUGUGACCAAGUGACAGCCACUCGACUACUCCGUCUUGCUGCUAUUCAAGGACAUAAAAACGCCAUAGAAGCCCUCAAAACCCUCAACAUUGAUAUAUCAGAAAAAUCACCAGAAAAAGAUGGCUGGACAAAACAGUUUUCACCUUUUGUAAAAGAAUCUAAUAUAUUACCGAGUCAUUCUAAUUUAUUUGUUGAUAAUAGCAUUUCUCACUACAAUUACGAGCCGAUCGUUUUUUAA